GCCCAGGCGGCGGUUCCGGAGAUUGCCGAGGGCCCCGCCACCUUCUCUCGCCCAGUCCGCGAGCCCGAUCCCGAACGGCGCGGUGCGGUACGGUGUGGAGCGGCGGUCGGAGCGAGGCGCGUGCUCCCCGACCCCGAGCCCAAGCGCGGCAUCGCCCCGGGCAGGCGGGCAGGCAGCGACCGGGCCGGGCCGGGCCGGGCCGGGCCGGGCGGCGGCAGGGAUCGCGGCUGUGCAGCGGCGGCCCCCGCAGGGCGCGCGGGGCGGCGGGGUCCGGCGGGCGCGGAUGGCGGAGGGCGGCAGCCAGCCCCAGCCGCAGCCUCAGCCGCAGCCCCAGCCGCAGAACCAGCAGCUCCUCCCCGGCGGCGGGGCCCCCAGGGGCAUCAAGCGGGAGCCGGAGCCGGAGCAGCCCAUGCCUGGCGGGGACGGAGCCGAGAGCGGUCACAGCAAGCGGCUGAGGACGGAGGCGGAGGCGGCCGAGGGCGGCGGCAUGCAGAACGAGCCUCUGACCUCAGGUUAUCAUGGAUACCCAGCAAGGGACAAUCAAGGUAACCAGGAGCCAACAGCCACUCCUGAUGCAAUGGUGCAGCCAUUCACCACAAUCCCAUUCCCACCACCCCCACAGAAUGGGAUCCCCACAGAGUAUGGGGUGCCACACACUCAGGACUAUGCAGGCCAGACCAGCGAGCACAAUCUGACACUCUACGGAAGUACGCAGGCACAUGGAGAGCAGAGCACGAACACAGCCAGCACGCAAAACGGAUCUCUUACGCAGACAGAGGGAGGGGCACAGACAGAUGGACAGCAGUCACAGACACAGAGCAGUGAGAAUACUGAGAGCAAGUCCACUCCAAAACGACUUCAUGUGUCUAACAUUCCCUUCCGCUUCCGAGAUCCUGACCUUCGACAAAUGUUUGGGCAAUUCGGCAAAAUCCUCGAUGUCGAGAUAAUCUUUAAUGAGCGUGGCUCCAAGGGAUUCGGGUUCGUAACUUUCGAGAAUAGUGCUGAUGCAGACAGGGCCAGGGAGAAAUUACACGGCACCGUGGUAGAGGGCCGUAAAAUCGAGGUGAACAAUGCCACAGCACGAGUAAUGACCAAUAAGAAGAUGGUCACGCCAUAUGCAAAUGGUUGGAAGUUGAGCCCUGUGGUUGGAGCAGUGUACGGCCCUGAGUUAUAUGCAGCGUCCAGCUUUCAAGCAGAUGUCUCGCUGGGCAAUGACGCCGCAGUGCCCCUGUCAGGAAGGGGGGGUAUUAACACUUACAUUCCUUUAAUCAUUCCAGGCUUUCCCUAUCCAACUGCAGCCACCACAGCAGCCGCAUUUCGAGGAGCCCAUCUAAGGGGCCGAGGACGGACAGUAUAUGGUGCAGUCAGGGCAGUACCCCCCACAGCCAUCCCUGCCUACCCAGGUGUGGUUUACCAGGACGGAUUUUACGGUGCUGACCUCUAUGGUGGAUAUGCAGCCUACAGAUAUGCACAGCCUGCUACUGCAACAGCAGCCACAGCCGCUGCAGCCGCUGCAGCAGCUUACAGCGAUGGUUAUGGCAGGGUGUACACAGCAGACCCUUACCACGCCCUUGCCCCUGCCGCUAGCUACGGAGUUGGCGCUGUGGCGAGUUUAUACCGAGGUGGCUACAGCCGAUUCGCCCCCUACUGAAGUGACGUGAACCCCCUGCAAGUGGGACAGCCCCCCAGCUCAUGAGGCCUGGCUAUUGCAAUAUUUACUAGUAGAGGAACUCUAUAGCAAGAUGAGGAGGAAAAACAGAAAAAAAAAAACAAAAGAGAAAAUACUUUUUUAUACCUCACUAUGUUCUUUGAAUAUGUAUUUUUCCUUUAAAUUUCUGCCUUUAAUUCUUUUGUUCCAAAGAUUGUGCGUUUCUUUUUUUUUUCUUUUUUUUGGUUUUUUUUCCCUUUAGUUUUUUGGGGUAUUUUGUUUUUUUGGGUUUUUUUGUUUUUUUUUAACUGUGGUAAAAAUAAUGCAUUUCUGUGUCUGUAUGUUGGUGCGUAGCUUAUCCUACCAAUCACGGAAGAGGCGAUUAGUGAUAAGGAAAGCUGUUAGGAGCCAAUAUCAUGCAAUUAAUCAGGAAUGUGCAGACAGUUACUUUACCUGGGUCUGGUUCUUGGUGCCUGAGAAACAAGAAAGGGGAGACUUGACCUGUCUUUGGAAGGAAGCGCUGCUUCUCUGCCUGGGACCCCAUAUGAUGGUGGGAAGUAGCCAUUUAUAUGUGGAAAGAGGGGAAAUGCAGAGAUUUCCCUCAUUUUAUCACCGUCUGACAUGUGCAGGCUUGGGACAGUUUCGGCAGUGUCAGAUUUUUAGAGUUGGCAAGAGAAAAUUCCUUCAUCCUGCCCAAUGACUUUGGUUAUUGACUGUUGUAGAGGGGACAAGACUUUGAAAUGAAUUAUUGAGGAAAUCUCCCCCACCCACCCCACACACACAGCUAAUCCUACUUGAUUUGUUGCCUGUUACUGGGCUGUAAUUGUUGUAGUUUUUUCCCUGUUCCUUUCCGAGGUCUGUCUUUCUUACUGCCUCUCCUUGCCUUCUUCCCUGGAGGGAGUGGCAAGUGCACUGCAGAUAUUGGGCAGGAGCAGCACAGUGUUUCUUUCUCAGAUGUCAAGAAUCAUUUAAUAUUAUGGAGGUGAUGUGUGUGCAGUCUUGAGGAGGGCAAAAGCUUGCUGAAGAAACCUGUCUCAGUGCCGUGCUGAACUGCUCUGAGGUCCAGCAUUCAAGGUCCCUCUUGUUCACCUUGAGCCAGCUAGGCACUGCUGCAACUAAACUGUUUUGAAUAGUGUGAGUGAGUUAAAAUGAGUUAUGGAUCAGCUGCAGAGGCACAGAGGGUGUGUUUGGGUGACGGAAGAGGGUCCGUCUUGUCAGAACACUAUCCCUGAAAGUCGUAUUAUGUGGCUUAGGUGUCUGAGGGCAGGUAGAAGCAAUUAUUUCUAGCUCUGAAGUCAUAGGAAAUUCCCACUUCCUAGGUCUAUUUGAGGUCCUCGCAUAUCCAGCCUACAGUCCCUGGGGCCAUUCUGUGCAGUCGCUCAGUAUUCUUCAAAGAAAAAUGUGCACCUGAACUGCUUGAUCCUGUAAUUUACACUACAGAUUGUAAAACUCUAAAGCAGAGAGGCUGUUUAGAAGGGCUCCGUGACUCCCAGGCCACCUCUCCUCUGCUCUUGGGAGUAGAGCAAUUCUGCUAUUUUUGAAAAGCAUAUAUUUUGCAGGUUGCUGCAAGAGCAGCAUUGUGGCAAUGAGUUAUUGCUCUCAGAAUCUGACCCUGAUUUUAGAAACCAAAGGGGAGUAGUCUCCCCUUCAGCCAUUAGCUAGUGUGAUGUUCCAAGCAGCCGUUGCAAUCAAAUGCAGGUUCUCUCGAAGCUUUAUCUAAUCCAAGAUAUUAGAGAAACAGAGAGAAAAGCACAAGUCCAUUAGGCUCCCCUGUCUGUUUGAAUUGGUACUGGGGUGACCUUCACCCUCCCCACCCCCCCCCACGCUCUCCCCAAAAGGCAGCUUGGAGCAUGGAUUUGUAGCUGCAGCCUUCUCAGCUCCUGCCACCGCACACUUGCUGCUGCUUCAAUGGCUAAUAGCAGAAUAGGAAGCCAACUGCAUUAACUGUAAGCUUUCUCAGCAAGCAGGGCUGCCUGGAAGCUGCACUGGCCCAGCCACGCAGAACACACAACUUUGUUCUUUCCCGUCCUUGUUUUACACACACACACACACACACACACACACACACACACACACACACCCACCCCUUCCCUGUGCCUGGCAGAGGGAAGGUGCCUGAGAUGGGAAAGUGAUCAGUUAAGCUAGAGACCCUACAGCUAUUGAAUCCAAGGAGGAAUAGCUAGAACAAGGGGACACCAAACUGCCAGCCUAUUGGCCACUUAUUUUUUUCAGUUUUAUUUUUUUCCAAGCCAAAGUUUGGUUUGUUGCUGUUAUGACAAUUUUUGUUGUUUGUAUAUAAAUAUUUUAGUUAGAUUGAAAAUUGGAGGGGAACAGGAUGUUGGGGCUUUCACAAAAUCAAGGACAUGAGGAUGGUGGGGUUUUUUGGCUUUUGAUGGUUGAGUGGGAAAAGAAAAACCAUGUCUAGUGGAACUUCUAGUGUUAUGUUUGAGGCAAGCUAAUCGCCAUCCCAAGGCAGAGGGGUUGCUCCUCUCUGGAGCUGAGAUGCAGCAAAAGCCGCAACUGGAGUUGGUUUGAACCACAUUUGGAUGGGGGGAAUGAAAGAAAGGACAUCACUCCCAUUAUUCUCAUGGAGGAGAAGUUACUAAUGUUUGGAGGUUGCAGGGUGGGAGAGGGUGAGGAAAGACAGCAUGCAUAACUGAAUCGACAGCCACUUGAGCCUCUGCACCUUUCAUAUGUCAGUUCAGCUGGUUCUGACUGCAGCUUCUGAAAGGUCAAACUGCUUUCUCAAGUAUCCUCCUGCAUCAUGGCAGUGGAGCGUGGAGUUAGUUGCACCCUCACCCCCCUACCUGCAGGGGAGGUUAGGUGUUGUUUCUGCUUUGUGUAGAAUCUGUCCUUGGCAGCUUUAGCCCACCUUGUGCUGAGAACCUGUGUUCUGGUGUUCCAUGGAGGCUGGGUCCCCUAAUGUAAAAGUACCUAGUAUUGCCAGGGUCAGAGACCCAUCAAUACUGGGUUCCUAAUACAUCAUUGCAUGGGUCCCCCUGAUCCAUUAAUCCUUGUCAAGCCCCUUAAAUGCUUUAGCAAACUGACAAGUUUGAGUCCAGGAAUUGCAGCUGGAGAUGCCUCACUGUUUUAGCACCUGGUUGUUCCCAAUUCCUGUCCUCCCUGAUGACACAGUGGUGGACAAGCCGAGCCUUUUGUACUGCUGGUUACAAGAGGGGGCUGGCUAAUUUUAGACAUGUACUAUCAUUCAUAUAGUCCCAGGAAUUUCCAAAGUGCAAGAUCUCCUAGAAAAUUGUGGCCACAGCUGGAUUUUGGUGGCAGGAGUUCUCCUGUGAAUCCUCUUCUGUGGCAAGUGGGAUCCCCUCAUCUUCCUGCCAUCUUGACAAAUACAGUGACUCUGAUUCCUUUGGUGUUUGAUGAAGUGCCUCAUGAUACAAACAGUGACUUUCAUUCAGGUUAGCCAAGCCUUGCUAUGUCCAUCUUUGAAGAGGUGAGGGAAGCCUCACAUGCAUCUGUGCAAAAUAUAAUUAUAGUAAAGGUUUUUAAUAGGGAGCUAAAAAGUAGGGACCUAGCAGAGGCUGCCCUUUUUUGACUGAGGAAAAAAUCAUUAGCAGAGCUGUGAUGGUCAACAUUCAAGGAUUUAUCUCAAACAGGACUUAGCUCUUGUAAGCCUGGUCUACACAUGGUUUUAUACCAAUAAGACUCUUUCGGUUAGGGCCCUGAUCUCUUCUUAAUGCUGUAGUUAUAAUGGUGCACCUCUAGCAUGAAUGUGGUAACAUACUGAAAAGGUGAUUUAUGCUGGUUAUUCCCUUUCAUGUAUGGGAACGAACUUCAAAGGGGUAAAGCAUCUUCUAUGCUGGUAAAAUUGUGUAUACACUAGGGGCACUUAGCAGAAUGGAAGCAGCAUAGCUCUGGCUUGUACACAAGCCCUUAGAGUUUUGCUGUGCUCUUGAGGUGGUCUAGGACUAGUCACCAGCCUCCUGUAACCAGUUAGUUGUUUCCAGGUUGAACAGCUGUUGUGUUGCCAUGUGCAAAUGAGAGUUGAGUUCAACUGUCUUGAGCCAAAUCCCAGUUUUAAAUGAUUCUCACUUCAAAGCGCUGAUGACAUGCAGGCAGUAGAGUGGUCCAAGAGGAUGGGCCAUGGCCCUGGAGUUGGGAGACCUAGGUUCUGUUCUUGGCUCCGUCAGUGUGACCUUGGACAAAUUGGUUCACUCCGUCCGUGCUCCAGGUUCCUCAUCCACAGAGUGGAGAUAAAGAUGCUCAGUCUUUUGGUGUCCAGUACUUUGAGAUCUUUGGCUAAAAAAUGGUAUGGGAGAGCUAGGUAACAGUGAUGUUAAUGUUUUCUCAGAUCUGUGCAGCUAGGGCUGUACCAGGCUGUAAAAUGGUUUACAAAACCAUUUCCUAGCCUGGCACAUCUUUCUAGGAAGAAUCAUUUUUAAGGGAGUCCCUGGCUAUUGUGGUUUGAACACAAGAAGGUAGGGACCUUAAGGGUAGAGAAUAUAAAACAAGGCUUUGCAAAUCCUCAUGCAUCUCCCCUCUUCUCUAACUCCUCCACACUCCAAACCCCUGUACCAUAGGAAAGAGACAAAGUAGAGAACAGGCAUAGGGAACACUUAGGAAUUCAAGAAGGGAAAAACAUACUGACUCUGGGGAGCUCUACUUUUGCUGAGUCCAACUCCAAAGGGAAAGCACACAGGCCAGCUGGAAAUUAGCUUGCUCCUUGUGAUCUAGUCUGGAAGCCUCUGAGGAAUUUGUACCUUGGCGCAGAGGGGGCAUGUUUUAUUACCUGUUUGCACUGUUUUAAAAUAGGAGGAGAAAAAGAAAAAGCUUGUAAACAAGGUAAACAUCCAGUGUAAACUUCUAUGUGUUUUUAUUUUGUCAUGCUCUUGAAAAUGUCAAACAUUUUGUAGUAUACACCAGUGACACUUGAUUCUUUGUUGCAUAAAACACUAUUUUUUGGUGAUGUUACUGUCUGAAAAGCCCCUCUCUCCCCCCUUCACCCUCCUGAUUCCUUCCCUACCCCUCGCUAAACUUUUCUUCUGCAAUGAAAUUUCCAGUCAACAAGGCAAGCAGGAAUCUGAUAGCCAGAGUGUGAAAUGGGGCCCUUUUCAAGUAGGCUCCGGGAGUCCUCCCUGGUAAUAUUCCUCUAGCCUGGAGUAUGCAGUAGAGGACCCCUUUUCCUCCCCAACACAUGCAGAGGGUACAAAGCCAACCAAACCAAGGCAUUCAAUUCCUGAAUUGAUUGUCACUGCCAACAGUGGAAGGGGACUUUCAGAUAGUGUAAUCAUCUGCAGUAACUGUCCUACUCCAGUUACUGGCUGCAGCUGGUGGUAGCUUAGGUGGGAAAAUGACAGACAAGGGUCAGCCCCGGUACUGCAAGAUCAACUGCAAGUCAACUGGUAGCAGAGUAAAAGCACAUCAGUCAAGAUGGCUGAUGUAUAAAGCCGUCCACAUGAGUGUUCAUUUAGCUGGCAGUCAGCAAAAUGCCAGUGAUCUAAGGAUUGAUGUUCAGACUGGUCAAUAAAUCUCUCACCAGAUUCACAAUUUCAUUUCAAGUGGGGGUUUUGUUUGCUUCCCUGAGGAGUGGCCUCCUUAAAGAAAUCUGGCCUCCCGCAGAAAUAGUCUCCACUUUGGCCACUUCCUUCUAUUUUUCUGUUCACAGUAUUUUGUGUGUGUGUGCGCGCGCGUGUCGUAGUUUUGGCAGCUUGGUUUGGCUGCAUUAUCAAGUGACGAAAUAAUCCUCUUUUACCCUAGAGGAUAUGAUUGAUUUUUUUUUCUUUUUAUAUUAUAAAUUCUGCUUGUAAAUAGCUGUAGCAAAUACCUGGGGCUGAUAGCAAAUGAGAACCAGGGCUGUAGAGUGCUUUGGAGCUGGUGGAGAGUUUACUGACCUCACAGGCUGAUUUACCUGAGACUUGGAGCUUCUCAGUGCAAGGCUAACAUGCCACAGAACCUCCAAUGGCAAUGACUGGCUUGCCCCUUCAUGCGGUCUCCCCAGCACCUCGCAUUGCCAGGUACCCUCGGGGCACAGGGUGCAUCAAAUUUUUGGAUGCUUUCCCCUCCCCUGGAUCAUUUCCUAGGACGCCCAAGCCGCUUGCCCAGGGUCCCAUUUCCCUGCUGACUCUGGAGAAGCAGUAUCUGCAUCCCAGGGCUUUGUGACAGUCUCUAACUUCCCGCCCCCCCCUUGUUAAGUAUCAUAUUGUAUAGUAGCUUUCAGACCAUACAGUAUUCAUUGGGUUACUCCUAUUAUUAUCAAGUAGCUGGAAUUGUGAAGGUCGGAGUAGUUAGAUCUUUAGCUUUUAUUCUUUUUUUUUUUUUUGUAUUACUAUCCAUGUGUAUAAAUUAUUGAUCAUGUUGCUGGCUUUUAUAAACUCUAAGCAAGGGAGGAGCCCUUCCUAACCCUUUGCAAAUGGUAAUGAAGCACUGUUUUUAAAUAAAAGAGAGAAACACCA